AUGAAGAGCCUGCUCUGCAGCCUGCUGCUGCUCAGCCUCCUCCCCAGUGUGGCCAGCAGUUGUCAGAGGGACUGUCUCACCUGCUGGGAGAAGCUCCGCCCAGCCCUGCCCAGCUUCAACCUGGAGGUGUGCAUCCUCGAGUGCGAGGAGAAGGUCUUCCCCAGCCCUCUCUGGACUCCGUGCACGCAGGUCAUGGCCAGGGACUCCUGGCAGCUCAGCCCCACUGAACCCGAGCACGUUCCGGCUGCUCUUCACCAGCCAGGAGCCUCCGAGAUGCAGCAUCUGAAGCGAAUUCCCCGAGUCAGGAGCCUGUUGCGGGUGCAGGAAGAGACGGAGCCCGGCGUGGAGGAGCAGAAGCAGCUGCAGAAGAGGUUCGGGGGCUUCACCGGGGCGCGGAAGUCGGCCCGGAAACUAGCCAACCAGAAGCGGUUCAGUGAGUUCAUGCGGCAGUACCUGGUCCUCAGCAUGCAGUCCAGCCAGCGCCGGCGCACCCUGCGGCAGAACGGUAAUGUGUAGCCGGAGGGGACCCCUCCCAGCGGCACCAGCACUGCAACCCAUGAGCGUCCGGGUGAUCCCCCAAACAGCAUGUGUCCAGCCCCA